AUGACCCCGGUACUAGAAAAAGAAUGCAAAAAAAUAAUUCAAGAAUUACUUGAUAAAGGGUUCAUUGUCGAGAGUAAAAGUCCAGUCUCAUCACCAGUAUUAUUAGUAAAGAAAAAAGAUGGUUCCUAUAGACUGGUUGUAGAUUUUAGACAAUUAAAUGAUCUUACCAUUAAAGACCCCUAUCCAUUACCACGAAUUGAUGAUUUAAUGACAAAAAUAGGUGACUGUUCCAUAUUCUCUACACUUGAUCUACAUUCAGGCUAUCAUCAGAUUCCACUAGCGGCAGACUCUGAAGAACUAACUGGGUUUACUACUCCCUUCGGUCAUUAUCAUUACAAGGUUAUGCCAUUUGGUUUAUGUAACGCCCCAGCAACAUUUGCUAGAUACAUGCAACGCAUACUUGGUGAUAUUCCACAUGUUUUCGUUUACUUGGAUGAUAUUUUAAUUGCUAGUAAAGAUUAUGAAAGUCAUAUCCACGAUCUUAGACAAGUUUUAACAAGAUUACGGCAAGAGGGUUUAGUCUGCAAGAAAAACAAAUGUUAUUUUUCCCAAUCUGAGGUACAAUUUUUAGGUCAUACAUUAUCCACUGCUGGUUUUGCUGUUCAACAAGACAAAGUUAAGGCUAUCCAAGAACUUCCUAUGCCUACUACUAUUAAGAGUGCUCAAUCAUUUAUGGGAAUGAUCAAUUAUUAUCGAAAAUUUAUUCCACAUUGCAGUAAGCUGGCCAAACCUCUUUUCGAUUUUAUUUCUAAGAAAUGUCCGUGGUCGAAAGCUCAAGAAGAUACCACGAUCAAAUUGAAAGCUUGUCUCACCUCAGCUCCUGUUCUCGUUCCGUUUGUCCCAGGUGAUAAUUACAGGCUUACCACAGACGCAAGUUAUGCUGCUAUAGGUGGAGUUCUAGAACGUUUAUCAGCUAACGGUAAAUUAUUAGGUGUCAUUGGUUAUUUUUCGAAAACUAUUUCCGAUACUCAAAGUCGUUAUCAUAUUGGUGAACUUGAAUUAUUAGCUAUAGUUGAGUCAUUAAAAUACUUCAGAUACUAUUUACAUGGACAUCGAUUCUUACUGCGGACCGAUCACAGCUCUCUACUAUCCUACCGAAGCAAAAAGGAACCUUCUCAGCGUCUAUCUAGAUGGCUACAGUACUUAGAAGAAUUCGAUUUUGAUAUUGAACAUAUUAAAGGAAAAAACAAUGCUGUUGCCGAUGCUUUAAGUCGCCCUCAAGACGAUUCUGCUAUUAAUGUUUAUCCACUAACCACGUUGUCCUCGAUUAAUCCACAAGAUUGGUAUGAAUCAUUACUCGAAGAUCCAUGGUCUGCUGCCAUUUUAGUUUCCCUAGGCGUUGUUGAUAAGGUCAAUAUUUCAGCCUCUGAUGAUUCACUUUAUAAGAAAUAUCUUAAACGCAUGAAGUUUUCGGCCAAAGCUCAAGAACGCUAUAAAUUUGAUAGUAACAUUCUAUACUAUGAUUCUCGAAUUUGUGUUCCAUCCAAAGAACGAUUUACACUGCUACAGUUAUAUCAUGAUAGUUUUUUACAAGGUGGUCAUUUCGGUGAAACCACUACUAUUAAUAAACUUGCUCCACACUACUACUGGCCUUCCAUGUCGAAAGAAAUUAAGAGUUUUGUUCAAGGAUGUUUACAAUGCCAACUAAUGAAACGGUAUCGUCCAAAAAUUAACGGUAAGUUACGCCCUUUAGAUGUUCCAUCAGGCCGUUGGAUUGAUAUUUCAAUUGACUUUGUUACAGGUAUUCCAACAUCUAAACAAGGUAAUGAUAUGAUUAUGGUUGUUGUCGAUAGAUUCUCCAAACGUGCACAUUUUAUCGCUAUGCAAAAAUGUUAUGGUUCUACCGGUGUUGUCCGUGCUCUUUUUCGCUAUGUCUUCUGUUACCAUGGUUUUCCCAAAACGAUUGUAUCUGAUAGAGAUAUUAGGUUCGCAAGUGGUUAUUAUAAGGAACUCACUGACCGGUUACACAUCAAGCUACUUAAAUCCACCACGAAUCACCCCCAAACAGAUGGUCAAACAGAAAGUGUUAAUAAAACACUCAAUAGAUUAUUACGUACCUUUUGUCACAAUGAUCACACUGUAUGGGAUUUUUUCUUACCACACCUCGAAUUCGUCUACAAUUCAACUCCUCAAUCUGCUAUUGGUGCUGCCCCUUUUGAAAUUGAUAUUGGUUUUAUUCCGAAUGAACCUCUUAUGGAUGUUGGUAAUGACUCUUCAGCCAGAAAUGAUAGUGCAGUUACUCUAACAAAAAAACUUCAAGCCAUUACUUUACGUACCCGUGAUUACCUACAAGAACGGCAAGAAAUGAUGGAAACUCAGGAAAAUCCUCAUAGAAGCUCUCUUACUUUUAAGGUCGGCGAAUACGUCUUAUUAGAUAGAGACAUCUAUUUUAGGGGAGGAAGGUAUUUAAAAGUCCAACCUAUUUUCAUAGGACCGUUUAGAAUUGUGAAGGUUUUUGAUAAUAAUACAGUCGAAGUCGAUUUGCCUUCUUCAUUUAAAAAGAAUAGGGUGAUUAACGUAAAAAAUAUCAAAAGGUUUGUGAAUGACAAAAGACGUUAUCCUAAGGAUUUACCAGCUACCGCCACAGAAAGAAUAAUGAGACUUUCAGAGAUCAUCGCUGUGACUGGUUAUGACAUUGAGUCACAAACCUACUACUGCAAGAUGCAAGAUGUUAAUCCAGAGUUGAUAUGUGAGUACACCUUAGAUGAAUUUAACAAACUUCCGACUGAUCGUCGCAAUUCACUGCUAUCAAACUUCAGAAAUUUAUCAGAACCUUUGGGAGAGGAAGGUGUUGUAGAUCAACCUUGA